AUGGGUGUCCUCGAAGAGAUUGCGGCGCAUCCCAUCGCCCAGCGGUACCUGCUGCUGGGCACGGCGUCGCAGAUCGGCAUCGCCCUGGGCAGCUUCAUUGCCCUGUCCAUCGUCUACCACAUUACGCGUCAGCUCGUCUUCAAGAGCCGCAAUGAACCCCCCGAGGUGUUUUCCUUCUUCCCCUGGUUUGGAAGCACCGUCAUCUACGGAAUGGACCCCCCCACCUUCUUUGCCACAAACCGCGCCAAGUACGGCGACGUCUUCACCUUCAUCCUCCUCGGAAAAAAGACCACCGUCGCUCUGGGCCCCGCUGGCAACGACUUCAUCCUCAAUGGCAAGCUCAAGGAUGUCAAUGCCGAGGAGAUCUACACUCGUCUUACCACUCCCGUCUUCGGAAGAGAUGUCGUGUAUGACUGCCCCAAUGCCAAGCUCAUGGAGCAGAAGAAGUUCAUGAAGAUUGCCCUGACGACCGACGCGUUCCGAUCCUACGUCCCCAUCAUAUCCAACGAGGUCACCUCGUACUUCAAGCGGUGCCAGGCCUUCAAGGGCAAGAGCGGCAUCGUCAACAUCCCCCAGAACAUGGCCGAGAUCACCAUCUUCACUGCCUCGCACGCGCUGCAGGGCGACGAGGUGCGCAGCCGCUUCGACGAGAAGCUCGCCAGCCUGUACCACGACCUCGACAUGGGCUUCACGCCCAUCAACUUCCAGCUGUGGUGGUUCCCCCUGCCGUCCAACCGCAAGCGCGACCAUGCCCAGCGCACCGUCGCCAAGAUCUACAUGGACAUCAUCCAGGAGCGCCGCGCCGAGAAGGGUGACAACGGCAAGUACGACAUGAUGAAGCACCUGAUGAACUCCAAGUACAAGACGGGCAAGCCCGUGCCGGACCACGAGAUCGCCAACAUGCUCAUCGCCCUGCUCAUGGCCGGCCAGCACUCGUCCUCGUCCACCAGCUCCUGGAUCAUGCUCCGCCUGGCCCAGAACCCCGACAUCAUGGAGGCCCUGUACCAGGAGCAGGUCGAGAACCUGGGAGAGAACCUCCCCGAGCUCACCUACGAGAUGCUGUCCCUCCUGCCCCUCAACCAGGCCAUCAUCAAGGAGACGCUCCGCCUCCAUGCUCCCAUACACUCCAUCCUCCGCGCCGUCAAGCAGCCCAUGGCCGUCCCCGGCACCAAAUACGUCAUCCCCACCUCGCACAACCUCCUGUCCGCCCCCGGCGUCAGCGCCUCCGACCCUUCCUACUUCCCCAACCCGGACAAGUGGGACCCCCGCAGGUGGCUCCCCGGAUCCCCCAACGCUCCCACCCUCAGCCGCAACACCGAGGAGGAGGAGGAGCAGAUUGACUACGGCUACGGUCUCGUCAGCAAGGGCUCCGCCUCCCCCUACCUCCCCUUCGGUGCCGGCCGUCACCGCUGCAUCGGCGAGCACUUUGCCAACGUCCAGCUCCAGACUAUUGUCGCCGAGAUUGUCCGCCUUUUCAAGUUCUCCAACCCCGACGGCGGACACGACAUCAUCGGCACCGACUACACCUCUCUCUUCUCUCGUCCCCUUGAGCCUGCCAACAUCCGCUGGGAGCGCAGGGAUUAA